UGACUUUUUUUUUGGAGUCCAGUCACCCCUGCAACCUCACAGUCGAGUCGACUACUUGUGGCUGCGGGCCUGCGCGCGCGUGCAUGUUCAAUAACAAAACUGAUGUCUGCGUGGUGUUGAGACGAGGGAAAGGUCCAGUGUGAUUUUCAGUCCAGCGUGUGGGAGCCGUGUAAGCAGGUACACCAUGGAUGAAGAGGAGCAGUUUGUGAACAUAGACCUGAAUGAUGACAAUAUCUGCAGUGUUUGUAAGCUGGAGACAGACACAGGAACCAUGUCCUUCUGCCACAUCUGUUUCGAGCUCAGCAUUGAAGGUAUUUGUAGUUCCACUCUUCUCCACUCCAAGUCUCUCCGCGGGCAUCGGGACUGUUUCGAGAAGUACCACCUGAUCGCCAACCAGAAGCUGUCGCGGGCCAAGGGCUCACGGAGCGCCUACGAGGGCGUGAAGCGGGCGCUGAGUCAGCGGCUCAGUCGGAUCGUGCAGAUCGCACAGAACCGCGCCGCCGACUCGGACUCGCCCGCGGGCCACCACGCCGGCUCUCGGCACCAGCUGCUCUGCUACAACCAGCAGGGCGACCGCAAGCUCCUACCGCAGUCAGACACGCAGGUGCCGCGCUACGCGCCUCACUGGGCCGAAGGCCCCGCCGUCGUCGUCCAGGAUGGCGACUACACCAAAGGCAUUCUGGGAUGCCACGCCGACGAGGUCCUGGGGCUGGAUCUGCUGCCGGGAGGCUGGGCAGGAGCGGUGGAGAAGAGGGACGUUACGGGACUCUGUAACGCACAGUCGUCACAAGGGGACACGUCGGCCACGCAGCCGAGAAGAUACCCAGCACACAGCCAGGAGGAGAUGGUCAAUAUGAGCCUUGAUGAGCUUCAUCAACUGAACGGACAGCUGCUGCUUCAGAUCCAAAAAGUGUUCGAGGAGCUGACCACCGCUGUGCAGGAAAAGGACUCGCUGUCGUCCCAGCUGCACGUGCGGCACAUCGCCAUCGAGCAGCUCUUCAAGAACUGUGCCAAGCUGCCGUGGCUGCAGAUCAGCAGGGCCAGCGUGAAGGCCAGCAACACGCCGGUAGAGUGAGGGGAGACGAGUGGAGCGCUUCGCUUCCCGGGAGGGUCGGAGUACGCCGAGCCCGCUCGCCUCACUCAACGCUCGGACAAAAAAGGCCUUUCCUCCGGAACGGACCUCUCCGCUUCUCUCCUCUCCUCUCCUCUCCGCCCACUGAGAGAUGCACCUUUUUUUAACUGCGCAGGACAUGCUGUGAACGAGUCCGGAUCAGUGUUCUAUGCUGCCAGUGCUUUUACGGCUGACCCGCAUAGCUGGGGGUGGAUAAAUAUGCCAUACUUGAAGACUUUCAAAAGUAAAGACAAGAGAGAGAGAGAGAAAAAAAUAAAGAGAACAGACUCCACUGGUGAUGACACUUUGUGUUGGCUUAAGCAAGUUGUUGAGACUUGGACCCAGAGGAAUAUUCUGUUUUAUUACCACUAUGCAGAAUUCAGAGUUUUAUCAGAUGAGUUUUACACACGCUAAUGCAGUUUAUUGUGAUUCAUCAUCACUAUCAUCAUCAUCAUCAUAAACUAUGAUUUUUUUUUAUCAGGGUUUGUUGUUGCAAUAAGGUGUUUUAUUUGACUAUUUAUUAUUGGCUUUAUCAAUAAAUGAUAUUACUUUCAUUGUGUGCGUGUGCGAUGAAGAGUUCAGCACCAUACGAUUUUGCUGGACCAGUUCCACUGUUGCUGUGGUUACUCCCGCAAGCGAGGAGUUUGCACUGGACUCUGUUUGAUGAUGUUUUCAUCUGCAGAGGGGGAAAGUUCCACGUCAAAUAAUCUGAAGUGGUAUGGAUGGCCAAGCCACCUCUUCGGAGAAGUAAAAAAACCAAAGUGUGGGACUCUCUUAGACUCAUUAGAGUCAUUUCAGCAGUGCUUUUCUAGAGUGUUCUAGAGUUUUGUUUUACACGCGCUCAAGCAUGGUUCAGGGUGGAUCUUAUGAGGGAAUGGAUGGAUGUUGACACCUGCAGCUGCUUAUGUUUUGUGGUUCUGUUCUCAUUGGUUAAACAUGUCAUCGUGUGUCUGUGUGUUCACUUUGCAUUUGAGUUGUCACGUCAUUCACUCACUGCUGUGUAAAAUUCGUAGGGGGAAAAAGAAAGCACAUUUUGGGCCUUAAAUAUUUCAAAGGGACAUGGCAAUAUUAAAUAUUAUAGCUUAUUUGAAUUGGCACCUCUUCUAACCAAAGUCUUCUAGGCAGACCAUUGUCUGUUUUUUGUUUCUUUUAAAUGAUGUAUAAGGCACAAUACCUGAAAAGACACAGUUUUAAAAGCUAGACUGCUCACUGUAUCUUAUAUUCUUGAAUUUUGUUUAUUUUCUGUAAAGGCUUAUUUUUUAUUUCUUGUGAGUGUUGUUAAUUUUACGGUUGUAUUUAACACUGCUUGAAUACAAGUAAACAGUUUUAUUUUUGCUUUUCAUCUGAACUUGACCAUGAAAUGGUUUGAUGUGGCUAUGCAGUCUCCCCUAAGCAAUCUCCGACUGAAUUUAGAAUUGAAACCACGAGGCCCCCUCAUGGAUGUUAAGAGAAAUACAACUAUUUCAACAUGGUCCCAUCCCUGCAUUUUUGCAUAGGGAUUUCUUCAAAUCACUUUUGUCUAAAGAUAUGUAAGACUUGGAUUUCUGAAUACCAAUGCACCCUCCUCUCUUCAUAAGAGAAGAUUUUUUACCCCACUGGGGAUUUGUUGUGAAAUAUUGUGCUUGCGUUUUUUUUUGUGUGCGUUGUUGGUGUGAAGGUGUGAUUUUUUUUAAAGAAAUAUAUUAUUAUUAUUAUUGUUUUCUGUAUUUGUAUUUUUUAUUUACUUUUAAAUGACUGAAAAUGCAUUUUAUUACAUGUGCUCAGUCUGUUGUAGCUGGAUGUCCCUCACAAAACAGAGCUUGUAACAUUUCAAACCACAGACAAAAGGACACACCAGUUCAGGAAGGGAAGGCAUGUACUAUGUGUGAGUUCUUCACCAUACUCAUCUUACACUGCUGGUCAACUGUGCGGUACAGCUCAAUACAGUUUGUUUGCUGUAGGAGGACUUAGCCUUAGCUCUUAGUCUCUGGACUCCUAUUUCCCUCUUGCUGACGGAUAACAGAGAAGGUUGCAGAAAUCUGUACAAUGUGUGUGUUUAUGGUUUUGUUUUUGUUCUCUUAUUUUACUCCUGUGAAUGCGUGGAUUUUAUUGUUUGUCAUGUUACAUCAAGUAUUUUCAGUGUAUCUCCUUGUUUUGUUUAUUGGUCUUUGCUUAUGACUGUUUUACGUGCAACAUGCAAUAAUGUCUUUGUUUAAAGCUCUGUAGAGAAUGACCUGAGUGCUGAUUUGUAUUUGUUCCUUUUAAACAAAUAAAGCUAUUUUCUUAAAAUA